ACAAAACAUAAAAAUGCUGCAAAGAAUCGUAUACUUACACAAAGUAGAGAUAGUAGCGGAAGAUUUUUAAAACCUGCAGGUACAAAAAGUAGUGAUUCAGAAUAUAGCGAUCUAAAAUAUAGUGAUCCAGAACUUUUGGUUUAUGAAUCCGAGAACAAUAAUGAGGAAUACUUUAAUAAUGAAGAGACAGAACUUGAUGAUGAAGAAGCUGAGCAGUUAAUUUAUGAAAAUAAUUCUUUUUAUAAUCUUCAAUGGGAUAAUGAGGCAUCUGGUGGUCGGUUACCAUAUUAUUCUGGAAGUUCAAAAUGUACUCAGCAACGCAAAAAUAAAGGAUUACGGGAGGCAGCACAAGGAUCAAUGAGCUUGGACAAUUUUUUUAAACCA